AUCCCUCGGCUGUACGGUAGCGUCGAGAGGUGGAAGUGACGACGGUCUCUAGGCAAAGGAACGGAACGACCCUCCUUCUUUUGUCCCAUUGCUCGCGAAGCCGUUUCAUCGCGAAAACUCCUCGUCGUAACAUCCGCGCUUUCCUAAGAAAAUCGGUCGUUCCGCCAUCCUUAGAUCCGCUUCAGCGCUCGAAAAAAUUUCAGCCGCAUCAGAUAUGGACGCCAAAAAGGAGCAAUUUUACCAACGACCGCCAAAGCUUGGAAAAUGGGAAGCUAUCAGACUCUUCCUCUGGAAUUCCGAGACUGGACAGUUUAUGGGCCGCACUGGCUCCAGCUGGGCCAAGAUCCUGUUAUUCUACAUUCUUUUCUACGCUGUGCUGACGGGUUUCUUUGGUGCGAUGUUGGCGGUUUUUUAUCAAACUUUGGACCCACAUCACCCUAAAUGGCAACAAGAGAAGUCCCUAAUUGGUAAUAAUCCCGGUCUUGGAUUCAGACCCAUGCCACCGGAGAGUAACGUUGAGAGCACAUUGAUCUGGUACAAAGCUACAGACCAGGGAAAUUAUGGCCACUGGGUAAAGGAACUGAACAAAUUCCUUGCAGGUUACGAACAAAAUAGUUUAUCAGGUGCCAGCGAACAAAGGAUACAAUGUGAUUACGGCAGGCCUCCACCACCUGGGAAAGUGUGUAAUGUAGACGUCAAACAAUGGAAUCAUUGUACAAAGGCAAACAGUUACGGUUAUCACAAGUCUUCACCGUGCAUCUUCCUGAAGUUAAAUAAGAUUUUUGGCUGGGUACCUCAGUAUUACAACGAUACUAACGCUCUCCCAAAUAAUAUGCCAGAAGACUUGAAGAUGCACAUCCUAGGUGAAAAAAAUCGAAAUCCUAAAACUAUAGAUACUAUCUGGGUAUCAUGUGAGGGUGAAAAUCCAGCUGAUAUUGAGAAUAUUGGUCCAAUUCAUUACAUACCUAGCCGAGGAUUCCCUGGCUACUACUUUCCUUUCACAAAUACAAAAGGAUACUUGAGUCCUCUCGUUGCAGUCUUCUUUGAAAGGCCUAAAUAUGGAGUUUUGAUUAACAUUGAAUGCAAAGCCUGGGCGAGAAACAUCAUACAUGACAGGUUCGAUAGACGUGGAUCUGUGCAUUUCGAAUUGAUGGUGGAUUAAGCAGCUUUUGCCAUCUUUGCAAGACUAAUACCAACUACAUCGUAAAUAAUUUAUUAUACAGUCUCGUGGAACAACUACGAAUAAUUCCUGUCCAUUUUAACACUCUCAUCAUCCUUAUCAAAUGAGAUUGACCUGAUUUAUAAAUUUCCAUCAUCUUCACCACUACCCUUCUGUUUCUGCAUCAUGAUCCGUCACUUACUGUCAAGGACAAAUGAUCGAUUAUUUGUUCGGCUACUUCUUUUUGACUAUUCUCAGCUCAUAUAUGUGCUUCUUCGUGAAUAUUUGCGUGUGUAUAUAGACUAAACAGCACGCUAUACGGGCGAAAGUCGUCAUAGGUUAGAUCAUGUAACUUAUUUUAUAUAUUUGUUCAUAACAGGCGACUCUUGGUUUUACGUCCACGUAAAGUUAUUUACUCUCUUUAUAUAAUUAGUGCCAGUAUAAGCAUCAUGAUCAUCACCACCAUCAUCAUCGUCAUCUUCAUCAUCAUCGUCAUCUUUAUCAUCAUCGUGCUGUUAUUAUCAAUACCAUGUACACAGUCAGGACCAUACUAUCUUUACCAAGAAUGUAGGAUUAUCUGGUUCCACAAAAGAAAGUGAAGAUUUCUAGCAAAUUAAGAAAUGAAUACUUGGUUGGCUCUCAAUAAAUUCCCUCGUAUGCAUUUUAUCCGACCGGCAACGUACAGAGUGAUGUUCAUUGAUCCUCGGAAUUUUCACCUUACUAAAAUAAUCGAGAAGCAUAAAAUUCCAAAAUUCGAAUCAGCGCAAAUAGGCGGCCGAUAUCUUCGUUUUAUUUGGGGAUACUAGCUUCAGCGUGGCGAGUUUUUGGUGAUUAUCUCUUUAUUAAGACACCUCGGCAUUUAAUUACACUCUUUUUUUCUGUUCCCUAUUUCGUAAGUUGCGAUUAUUAUAGUAUGCACUUUCCUCUUUUGCUACAUUAAUCUAUAGACUCGUAGGUUGUUGUCGCUGCAUUUCGCAACCAAGACAGAGGCGCGUCGCCGCUAUUUGAUACUUCGUUCACAUUACAUAUGUAGAUACUUAACUUAGAAUUAUUUAUCGGUCGCGGAUCUCGUGCACGUGGCAGAAGUCGAGCAAGAAACUAGAAAUAAACUAGCUUUACACGAUGAGUGUGGUACCACCAGGUGAGGCUUGAGAAAACAUUAAAGUCAGCCUAGAGCUAGAAAUUUUUGUCCCGAAAAUUAUGCCAAAUAUUUAAAAUUACCUAGUACCGCUUAUAAUAGAAAUGUAUACAUACAUUCAUAUAUACAUACAUAUGGAGGUACACUUCUAUAUGUAUAAGUAUAUUGUAUUAGUUCACACAUUCGUGUAGAUAAUACAUGCAUAGAAGCUGAUUUUAGGGCUUUGUCAAAAUGUACGCAAUGACAGGUAGCUGAUAACUCUCCUAAAAUUUCUCUUCAUGCACGAAAAGCAGCCCAAUAAAAAGGUAUUUAAAUCACAAAAACAAUGUCUACGUAAUGACCUCGAGGCAUUUUUUUUUGAGUAUAAAGUCAAAGGUCUUCAUAAUUUUGAAACCAGAAUGUGAAUUUGCAUAAUGCACAGUGUGUAAGUUUCUUAUUUGGCUUCUAAGUUAGUGUUAUGUAGCAUCGUACAUUACUCUGACUUAAAAUGUUGUAAUAAUUAAUAAUGCCGGACUGUCAGCUACGUAGAAGUAUCGCGACAUACGUAAUAAUUCUAUUUGAUUCCUAAUUUAUUGAUUGAAAAAUCGGUAAGGAUUAUUUCCGGGCUACGCUCGGACUCGUGUUACACUCUAUCUUAGAUUAUAUUAAUGUCACUAUUAAGCUAAAAGAAAAAGUUACGACAGAACGUCUUAAUUAGUAUUAGUACCUGUAACCCGCAGUAAAUGAUCCUGAACGACUAUAUUCACCAUUAUAAGAUGAGUUAUUUCUAAUACUGGACAUAUAACUUUGUUAAAGUAUGAAAAGAAGAAGGGCUGUAGCGAAAGAAAGAAAAAAAGGUGAGUACAUGUGUAUGUGUGAAAGAACGAAAAAAUGUAAUAGUGCCAUUUCAGGCAUCGAAGAACCAGACGUUCAUGCUUAAAAUGUUCAUUUCCAAUAAUAAUAUUAUUUGUACCUACUCUAUUAUCAUCCUUAUGAACAACAGAAGUUGUACGCCAUUUCUUCAAAUAAAUGGAGUUAAGAGUGUAUCAUCUACAACGCACGAAUUACUUAAUUAGAGAUUGAAAUAUGUAUUAGCUACAUAACAAGCUUUUGAAAGAUACGAGGAAACGUUUGGUUGAAGAAUAAACAUUAUAGAAGUAGGAAACGUACUAUUCUAACGAAGGAAACUACAUCUAAUGAGAAUAUUGAUUUUCUGUACUUAUUUAUUUCACGCCAUAUUCAAUAUUUUAUUUAAGGUAGUUUUCUUAAAUGUUGAAAUGUGCUCUCGUAGCACAAAAAUUUCUUAAGAUACUUAAAGAAACUAAAAUUUCAUAACAAAUUAAGGAAAAUUACGAUUGGCAUAUUUUACAUAAUUUAUUAUAAAUUUUCAUUAUUUUAAGUAUUCCUUAAAUUAAGUAUUCAAAGAAUUAAGGAUUCUUACCAAUCUUUAUGAUAAUCUCAGCUGCUAUUACUAGUUAAAAAAAUUCUAUUAAAUAUUUUAGAACAGUUCUAUCUCUUUUGAACACAAAAACAUAAUAAUUUUGUUUUAUUACAGUACAGGCCAAAAGUUUUAAUACACUUCUUUCAAGUAGAUAUUGCAAGAAUAGUAUAUAUUUUAAUGUUUUCUUAAAUUGUCAAUAACUUGCUUCAAAAUCAAUAUUUUUUAAUGUUCUUGAGCUCAUUUUGAAGCUAUUUUUCACAGUAUCAUACCAGCUUAUGAGUAUGAAUAGUAAAAAUGGCCUAAUCAAAUUGCAAGGAAUUGAAGUUGUAACAAUAUAAUGACAAUGUAAUAUAACAAUAUAAUGAAGUUUCUAGAAAAUACCCUGAAAAUACGUAUUUAUUUAAUUUUUAUUCUGAUUUGCCUGCAAAUAAGAUGUUUUCAAUUUUUUUCAACUUUUUCUUUACAACUUCAAGUCCUUGCAAUUCGAUAACACAAGUUUCAAGAUUUGUACUUAUAAGCUGUUAUGACGCUGUGAAAAAACAGCUUCAAAGUUAGUACAAGAACAUUAAAAAAUAUUGAUUAUUAGAGAUUUUAUUAAAAAUCUAAGAAAACAUUGAAAUAUACACUAUUCUUGCAAUAUCUACUUGAAAAAUAGACAAAUAGGCUUUAUCCUGGGCUGCUUUUCUACACAAUUUUGAGAGCAUAUAAUUCAUUGAAGAGAAAAAAUUUUAGCUUUAAGGGGGACACUCCAUAUAGAGGCUUCAACAAGUUGAAAAUCGGUGUACACGAUUACUCAAAAACUAUUUGACCGAUCAAGCUUAAAUAUGGCACACAUUUAUACGAUACCUAUGUCCAAUGGAUGAAUCUAAGGACGACUAAAAAUGAUCAAAAUAAACAUGUUUUUGCCUGGGUCAAA